AUGAGAGUCUCGUAUACGUUGCUGCUGGGUUUUUUCCUGUUCUAUACGUCCUGUUUGGGGGAGUUGUACAAACCGCGGGUUCCAAUUCCUUGUUCUAAAGAUAGCCGCUGUCCAAAAGAGUGGCCCUGUUGCUCUCCCUACGGGGAGUGUGGUGCUGGCCCGGUCUGUGUUGGUGGAUGCAACCCUCGAUGGUCCUUUGAUGAGAGGGCAUGCCUUCCUGCCUCGGUCAUUAUGCACCCCUUCGCUGUUGAAUUUGAUUCCCUGGACAUUGCCUCGAAGUUGGUGGCUAUUGGGGAACCAGAAGAUGCUAUAGUGGCGUUGGGGAAUUACAAUGGUGCCAACGGGUUGUUUAGGGACGGUACACAACCCGGUAGUCCUGAAUUGACGAGUACUCUGGAAAGUAGAGGGUUCAUCCAUUUCACUAAAUACCUGGUGACAGAGGACGUCGAUCUGGCAACCAGUAUGUUCAAAAACACAGAGUUUACAUACAGUGGGUAUACGGAAGAUGAACCAAGCACUGGCGAUAUACUCCUCAAGAUGCCCAAGAGAACUACAGGAGCUUUGAUUGCCUCCACUAGAGAGUUUCUUUACGGGAGGGCUAGUGUCACCAUGAAGACUGCCAGGUCGCAAGGUGUGAUCACUGCGCUUGUUUUGAUCAGUCAAGUCGGCGAUGAAAUUGAUUUUGAAUUCCUUGGAGGAUCUUUGAACUCGGUGCAGACUAAUUUCUUCUACCAGAGCGGGUUGGACUACACAAAGAUGAAAUCUUUCCAAGUUGACCCUGACAUCUCCCAAUCGUACCACAAGUAUGAGAUAGAUUGGACGGAGGACCGAAUUCAGUGGUUUAUAGACGGUCAAUUGAAAAGGACAGUGUAUAAGACGGAUACAUGGGAUAGCGAGGCAAACACUUACAAAUACCCACAGACACCUGUCCGGUUGGAGAUUGCCGUCUGGCCCGGUGGGGACGAGAAAUCACCACCGGGGACAGUCGAGUGGGCCGGCGGGUAUAUAGAUUGGGACAACGCCCCAGAUAUCGUUACGAGAGGUUACUUUGCCGCACAGAUACAUAAGAUACGCCUACAGCCGUUCAAAAAUAGACACAUCAGGGAGAUUGUAUCCUGUCUUUCAUCGAAGCUGAAGAAAAUAAUCACGAAUAAAUACUUGACAACAGUUUCUGUCGGGUAUGACCGUGAAAGGGACAACACGUUUGCAGAAAACUCCCUCGAAUGGUAUUGCAAUGCUAUACCUUAUACAAAUGGAUGGUUGAGGAGCAGGAACAUGCACGAGCUACCUACAGAAAAUUCCUAA